CUUCUGUGAAAACAAUGGGCUUGCUUGUGGGAGACUCCUCCAAUCCAGUCCUCCGAUGCUGGAAUUGUAUAGAUGUAGGUUGCGAUGUUUUGGAAGUGUAUUUAGCUUCUUUAAACCUCGCUUGUAACAGGAGUAGAUUAGUGACUAGUCGCCACAUAAGCACGUCAGCUUCGCGAAACCAGUUUGACUGUUCGGAAGGGAAGUGACGGAGCGUAGCUCGUCGUUUUAGCUUGUCAGUGUUUUGAAAACUUUUUGUCUUAGCUUUUUACCGAAUCAGCUUGCAAUCAGAAGGUAAGCGUUGUCAACUUAAAUCGCGUUCAAAGUCCCAGUGAUAAAGUUGGAACUUAGAAAUCAGAAUUUCUCUGUUUUGUUUUGACAGUAGUGGUAGAGCACUGCCAGUUAUGGUAUAUCAACAAUAUACCGGUAGACAUCAAGUUCGCAAAAUCCUCGACGUCAGCGACAGUAAUGGACACCUACCUUUCAUAGUUUUUAAAGUCAUAAAACGUAUUGACAGUUAAAAUAUGCUCGCUCUCUAUAAACCCAGGCUGCCAUUGUGAGAAAAAUACCUAGGGAUGAAGUGGUGAAUCACUGUCAUACAAAACUGCGGGGUGUGUUAGCUUUUGUUGUGAGAGUCUUUGACACUGCAUGUAUUGUAGGCCAUAACAAAGUGUGUGUGCGUGUGCGGUCAUGCGUGCGCGCGCGCGCGCCUCCUUAGGUCAACAUGAAUAUAUUUAAAAGGGACAAGGUCACCUCAGCCAGCCCAGUUGUCCCACAAGAUCAGAGCACAGAGGAACGUAAUGUCCCUCCUCUGGUAUUAACUGAUGUGCUGCUGGUGGACUUCCAGGACAACACCAGUGGUGUGAAGUCUGAGCUCCCCACAAACACUAAGGGGACAGGAGUGAUGGGAGUCAUUCAGAGGGUGAACCCGUUCAGAUCUCCUGCCCAGAGCUCCUCUUCGGCAACAAAGGAGUCAACAACUGUGAUCCCCUCUACAGACACCAAACAGAACCCCGGAGUGUUGAAAGGAGUUUUUCAAAAAGUCAAUCCGUUUAAAUCCUCCACACUUACACAGGUGAAGGAGGAUGAGUCUCACACAGACACUGUGGAUCACCAGGCAACCCAGAAGCUGCCAGUAACCAAGCAGAAGCCUGGGGCAUUCAGUGGAAUGAUUCAGAAAGUCAAUCCCUUCAGGUCCAACCAGCCAAGCCAGGUUAGGGACAGUUCAUCCCUCCACAGUGACCUGUCCUCCAGUGCUGGCAGUUUGGUUGGAAACAACAACAUCACAGAGAAGAAUGUUGUCUGGAACACUGAUGGUGAUGACACAGGCAGUGGUGUGGAUGGCCAAUCCCUGGAAGAACCAAACACCAGGGAUGCCGGCACCAGCCAGUCUGUGGCCCCGGCGUCUGCAGCGUCGGACCCUGGUGAAGGGACCCCCGUGGACUGGGAGGACGAUGAAGACGGCCUUCUGGAUUGGUGGAGGACGGUAGAAGGCUGGGAGGAGUGGAACGAGGCUAACCCGUUUGAGGAAGAUGAGGGAGCAGCGGCGGUGGAGGCGGUGGCCGACCGCGUCUUCAUGGCGGCCCGCCUCUUCGUCCGCCUCUUCAACCUCCGCGGCGCGUCGCUACAGCAACGCAUCCUGGAGCUGCUGUCAUUGGCCGACGCGGCAGACAACUUCCACAAGAAGACGGUGAAAGCCAGCGUCGGAGGCGGGGUCGCCAGCGUGGCGGGAAGCAUCACCACCAUCACCGGCCUAAUCCUGGCGCCCUUCACCAUGGGGACGUCACUCAUCGUCACGGCGGUGGGCAUCGGCGUGGCGACAGCAGGGGGCGUGGCCUCCGCCUCGGCGAACAUCACAGACACGAUGCACUCGAAGACGGACAGGAAGAAGGUGGAGAAGAUGAUCCAGGACUACCAGGAAGAGAUGAGAGACAUCAAGGAGUGUCUGGACUUUGUGCAGGUGGGCAUGGCGACCCUGGAGGAAUGGAACUUUGAGCAGUACGCAGACAGCAUCAACAAGAACCACCUCAACCAGAACGUCAAGCACGUGAUGAAGGAGGGCGGGCGGGCCGGCAAGGCCUUGCUCAUCAACACGGAGAGCCUGAUCAGCACCGUGCAGGUGCUCAGCGUGGCGGGGGGCGCAGCCAAGGCGGCCCAGGUGAUGAGCGUGACCACGGGGGUGAUGUCGGGCCUCUUCCUGGCCCUCGACGUCUUCUUCCUGGCCAAGGACUCGAUGGAGCUACGGAAGGGUGCCAAGACCGAGUUUGCGGCCAAGAUCCGUGAGGUGUGCAAAGACCUCCAGAAGGGCCUCCUGGAGCUGAACCAUAUCAAGGAGGAGCUGCAGAAGACCAUGGAAGGGAUGGAGGUGGAGGAGGUGGAGGAGGAGGAGGAAGACGACGAGGAGGAGAAGGAGGAAGGAGAGGAGGACGAGGAGAGGGAGGAGGAAGACAAAAGGGGGGAGACAAAAGAGUUUGAUUCUCUGAAACAAGUUGAGCUUGAUGAGUGAACGGACAGUGGUGGAUGGGCAGAUAUCCAGGUUUUCUGCCAAAAAUGAAAUAAUAAGCAAUGUUCUGAUGUAGCUAGUGGUACAGUCCAAAGUUAAAAAAAAGAAAUUUAAAAAGCUGUACAAACAUGCUGUGACAAAAACGAAUUCAAUAGUGGGAUGUAGAGUGAGAAGUCUGAAUGUAGCGCCUCAAUUGAUCUAGUCUUAAAAAGGCUAGUUUUCAAAAGUCAGUUUUUUACACACUAGAAUCUUUAUAUACAAAAUUAUACUGUAAAUAACAUCUUAGUCUUAAGCUACAUAAAAAAUGGGUUACAGAUAUUAUUAUUUAUUUUUUUCAUUUGAUUAUUUACCUACUUCUAACAAGUGUACUGUAGAUAAACAAAAACAUGCACAGUUUGUCUGUACUAGUAAGUAAACACCCUUUUUUAGGAGCUCUGAGACACUAAUUGUACCCUUUGAGGCUGGGACCAACAUGCAGAGUGGAGAAAAACAUGUAUCAUAGGGGGUGAAUUGAGUAGUAAUCUAUCUUGUCAGACCUGAUCUAUCAACACUACUGUGGCUUUCAGACACUUAAAGGAAUUCAAGCAAUGAAGGAACUGAAGAAACAAUGAUGAAACUAAAUAUCCCCUCCAUUUUCAAUGAAAUGUUUCCUCAUUUCUGUGUACACUGUUUGUACCUUGCUUUGAAAAAAAAGUGUUUGCCAGAUAAAACAAAAAGUCAGUUUC